AUGGGUUUCCCAUUUAAUGAACAAUUACCAAAUGUUGGAAGAAUUAAUGAAGAUUAUUCUUUUACAAUAGCAAAUACAACUUAUAAAUCUAAUAGUAAUGGACAAAUUACUUAUCAAGCUUCAAAUUUACCAUCAUGGUUAACAUUUGAUUCAAAUUCAAGAACAUUUUCUGGUAGACCCGAUGAAUCAAAUGUUGGAGAAUUUCAAAUUACUUUACAAGGUACAGAUGAAAGUGAUCAAUCAACAAUGUCAAAUGAUUAUAAUAUGAUUGUAUCAAAUGAUACUGGAUUACAUCUUGUAGAUUCAAAUAUUAUGAAUCAAGCUAUAACAUCAUUUGGUAAAACUAAUGGUAAUAAUGGAUUAGUUGUUAAACCAGGUGAAAAUAUAAAUUUAAAAUUUAAUAAAGAUAUUUUUGAAAGUUAUUCAUCAAGUAAUAGACCAAUUAUUGCUUAUUAUGGUAGAUCAGCUGAUAGAAGUUCAUUACCAAAUUGGUUAUCAUUUAAUGGUGAUGAUUUAACAUUUUCAGGUACUGUACCUCAAGUUACUUCAGAAAAUGCUCCAUCAUUUGAAUAUGGUUUUAGUUUUAUUGCGAGUGAUUAUUAUGGUUAUGCUGGUGCAUCAGGUAAUUUUAAAUUAAUUGUUGGAGGUCAUCAAUUAAAUACAAAUUUAAAUGAUACUAUAAAAAUUAAUGGUACUUUUGAACAAGAUAUUGAUGGAAUUAUACCAAUUUUAUCAAAUGUAUUUUUAGAUGGUGAAUUAAUUACAAAAGAUAAUAUUUCAGAAGUUUAUGGAAAUAAUUUACCAAAUUAUUUAUCAUUAGAUGAGGAUGAUUAUGCUUUAAUUGGUAAUUUACCAAAUAGUUCGGAAACUAAUAAUUUUACAAUAACUGUUAGAGAUAUUUAUGGUAAUACAGUAGAUAUUGGUUACUCAUUUGAUACUAUUGGAUCUAUUUUCACUAUUGAUUCAUUAAAUGAUGUAAAUGCUACAAAAGAUGAAUGGUUUCAAUAUCAAAUUUUAAGUUCAAUUUUUACUAAUAUUAAUAAAACCGAUAUUAAAGUUUCAUAUGAUGAUGCAAAUUGGUUAAACUACAAUAAUAACAAUAGAACAUUAAAUGGUUUGACUCCAAAAAAUUUUGAUGAAUUAAAAAUUACAAUAGAAGGAUCUAUGGAUUCAGAAGAUGAAUCAAGAAGUUUUAAUAUAAGGGGAGUUAAUAAAGAAAUUACAAGUUCUUCCCUGUCUGUUUCAAGUUCAACUACAUCAUCAUCAUCAUCUACUUCAAGCGCAGCAUCUGCCACUGCAACAUCGACAGAAACAUCAGAGACUUCAACAUCUGCUGCUACAACAUCUCAUUCAAAUUCAAACAGAAACAGAGAUUUAGCAAUUGGACUUGGUGUUGGUAUACCAGUAUUUUUAAUAUUAUUAGCAUGUCUUUUCUUAUUUUGUUGUUGUUAUAAAAGAAGAAAAAAUAAACAAGAUUCAGAUUCAGAAAAGGGAACAAUUACUUCAUCAACUACUACAAAUAAUAAUGAUGGAACUUUUACAAAAGGUGGAAUAUUACCAAUUGAUCCAAAACAUGAAUCACAAGUUAAUUUAAUGAAAUUAGAAGAUUUAUCACCAAAUUCAUCAUCUUCUUCAUUAACUCAUGUUGAAUCCGAAAAUACAACAUUUUUUGAUACUCAAGAACAACCGAUGAAAAGUUGGAGAGCAAAUACUGAAUCUGAUGAUAUACAACCAAUAACAACUACAAAUAAUAAUAAUAGAAAUAGUGAUGCUUCAUUAUCCACAGUGAAUACUGAACAACUUUUCUCUGUAAGAUUAGUUGAAGAUCAAUCUAUAAGAAAUUCAGGAUUAACUUCAUCAAAAUAUUUAAGUAAUCAAUCAUUAAAUGCUUUAUUAAGAAGAGAAAAUUCUUCAAAUAUUCAAAGAUUAGAUUCAGAAGGUAAUAUAACUGAUUAUAACGCUUUAAGUCCUUUACCAAAUCAACAACAACUGCAAAUGUCAUCACCUGAAAGACAAAGAAUUUCACAAUCACCUUCACAAUUAGAUAUAGUACCUGAAGAACAUUUAAAUACAAACACACAUACAACCUUAAAUCCACAACAACAACAACAAUCCCUAAAUACAACUUCAUAUACAUUUAAUCAUACACAACUACCUUCACCAACAUCAAGUCCAUUAAAAUCAUCAAAUUUAUCAUCACCAAGAAAAUCAUUAAAUAUAAAAACUCAAAAUCCCAAUUUAUCACAAUUAUCUCUUGGUUCAAUAUCAAGUGAAAAAUUCAUAUAUGAUACAAAAUUAAGAUCAUCAUCAUCAUCACCUCAAAAGAAAUCAAAUUCAAAUGAGAAUUUGGGUAGUAACGAUAAUUCAAUAAAUUCAAAUGGUGGUGUUAAAUUAGUUGAAUUUACUAGAAAAGGAAGUUUAAGAGAUUCUGCUUAUGAUCCAAGUUAUACUCAUCAUGAAGAAAGUGCAAGUAUUCAUCAUGGUUCAGAUAGUGAUUAA